AUGGACGAAAAAAUUCAAACCGAAAGUUCCAGCGAGGACACGAACGGCGAAAACGAGACAAUUCAGGCCGCUGAGCUAGAAAAGUCAGUUAAGGAACACCCCGAAGAGCUGGAUAAAGUGAUGCAAACAUUAUCACGACGCUCGACUGGAUUCGACGGCCACGGAAACCCAUUUGACCCUUCCGAGCCUGGAUGGAAACUUGAACGGGCCCUGAAGGCAGCAGUCGCGCGGUCCAAGGACGAAGGAUCAUCCCCGAAUCUGUUGAAGUCUUCUGUGCGCUGGAGCAAGCUCAAAGUCUAUGGGAAGGACAUGCCUACACGAGCCCAGUCGACGGUGUCUUCUUUCUUCUUGGACUGCUUCCGUGCCGUCAGCGGUGUCUUUCGUCGCAGCCCUGACAGACUCAUCUUGGAUGGUUUUGACGGGCUACUGAAGGAAGGCGAGAUGCUGUUGGUAUUGGGUCUGCCUGGGAGUGGGUGCUCGACUUUGUUGAGGGCCCUUUCAGGCCAUCAUGAGGGCUUGUCUAAGGUUUAUGGAGAUAUCACAUAUAGUGGCGUGCCGGUAGAAGUCAUCAAGAAGGACUUUCGCGGGAAGGUCGUGCUCAACGAGGAAAAUGAAAACCACUUUCCUCAUCUCACAGUUGCCCAAACGCUCGACUUCGCCAUCAAGACCAAGACUCCUCGAAAGCGGAUCGGCGGUAUCUCUCGCCAGCAAUAUAUCAAAACCAUGAGGAACAUCCUCGGUGCGACAUUCGGCCUGACACACACUUUUCAAACCCGCGUGGGGAAUGAUUAUAUUCGAGGUAUUUCCGGGGGGGAGAGGAGAAGGGUAUCUCUUGCAGAAAUGCUUGCAACUUGUCCCUCGGUAUCCUACUGGGAUAAUCCUACCCGCGGAUUGGACUCCUCCACGUCCUUGGAAUUUGUGAGUGCUCUUCGCGCCGCUACGAAUCUCACCCGCACCGUGGCGGUUACGGCUUUGUAUCAGCCGGGAAAUUCGUUGGUCGAGCUCUUUGAUAAGGUGGUCAUCCUCUAUGAGGGUGAGCAGAUCUUUUUCGGAGACCUGGCUGCUGCCAAAGAGCACUUCCAGGAACUAGGAUUUGUCUUUCAUCCACGCCAGACAACAGCAGAGUAUCUUCUUUCCAUGACAGAUCCGGAGUCUAGAAAGAUUCGCGAAGGAUAUGAGGAUACUGCCCCGCGUGCUGCCGGGGAGUUCGUCUCAUGCUGGAAAGCUAGCAAGUAUUCUAAGCGACUUCUAUCAGAACAACAACACCAUGGGAAGGAGUAUCCGCAUGGCUUCUCCGAAAGCAUUCAGUCUUUCACAAAGAUUCAAAAUGCUGAGAAGGCGGCGUUAAAUCGAAGCAAGUCACCGUACACGAUCAAUUGGGCCAUGCAGUUCUGCGCCACAUACCUUCGGUCCUGUCAAAGAGUCAUCUCCGACAAAGCUUACACUCUCUCAGUCAUUGUCACGAUGGGGAUUGUCGCGCUCCUGAUUGGGUCCAUGUUCUAUGACAUCCCCGAAGACACCAGUGGAUUUUUUUCCAAGGGUGGCUGUGUCUUCUUCUCGGUGCUAUUCAACAUCCUGGUCAACUUUGUUGAAAUCAGCUCUCAGUUUUCUCAGAGACAGGUAGUGGCGAAACAUAAAUCCUACGCCAUGUAUCAUCCAUCCAUCGACGCGCUCGCCUCCAUGAUAGCUCAGUAUCCAAUCAAGUUCAUCAAUGUUGCUGUCUUCAGUGUUGUGGUCUAUUUCAUGGUUGGAUUCAAGCGAGAGCCGGGUGCCUUCUUUGUCUUCUUGCUGUUUACCUUUUUGGCAUCGGUGACCCUGAGUGCCUUGUUCCGGACUAUUGCCGCCCUCGUCAACAGGGUAGAGAUUGCCCUCGCAGUCGCUGGGAUCAUCUUGCUGGUUCUGGGCAUAUACGCGGGCUAUGUCAUUCCACGACCCUCGAUGCAUCCCUGGUUCAAAUGGCUCAGUUAUAUCAAUCCAAUGUAUUACGCUGUCGAGUCGCUCAUGGUCAUGGAAUUUCACAACCGCAAGUCACUUUGUGCGACCCUUGUACCAUCAGGUCCUGGAUUUGAAGACGUCAGCAUUCUGAACCAGGUUUGCGCCGCUGUAGGUGCCUUGCCUGGGGAGAUGUAUGUUUCAGGAGACGCCUAUGUGGAAGUCUCAUUUGCAUAUUCCUAUUCCCACCUGUGGAGAAACCUAGGAAUAUGCAUUGGCUUUUUCAUUUUCUUCUUUAUCACUUACGCUGCUGCCGCUGAAUUCAAGAGUCCGCCGGCACUGAAGGGCAGCCAGCUUCUUUUCCAAAGUAAGCGAGAUACGCGACGAGCAUAUUCGCCCGACUACAUCAUGGAUCUAGAGAACUCAUCGGGGGAUGUUCACCUGCCUUCAACUCAAGAAAAUACAUUGAUGCAUAACCUUCGGCCCAGCGAGAACGUCUUCACCUGGCAAGGGGUAACAUAUGACAUCGAGGUCAAAGGCGAAAGUCGUCGCCUUCUUGCUGACGUGCAGGGGUAUGUCAAACCCGGAGCAAUGACCGCUCUCAUGGGAGAGUCAGGUGCUGGAAAGACCACUCUGCUCAAUAUUCUGGCACAAAGGGUUUCCACAGGUGUAAUUUCAGGCGAUAUGCUUGUGAACGGUCGUCGCCUCGGUAAUUCCUUCCAGCGAGGAACGGGAUACGUUCAACAGCAAGACGUCCACUUUGAAGAAGCGACUGUGAGGGAAGCAUUCCGCUUCUCGGCGUUGCUCCGUCAGCCCCGAGAUGUUCCUCUGGAAGAAAAAUAUGACUAUGUCGAAAAAGUGAUCGAUGCCCUCGGGAUGCACGAAUAUGCAGGAGCUGUUAUCGGCAGCCCUGGACAGGGACUGAGUGCCGAACAGCGCAAACGAACCACCAUCGGGCUGGAGCUGGUGGCUAGGCCCAGUAUCUUGCUCUUCCUUGAUGAACCCACUUCUGGAUUGGAUUCUCGAUCUGCUAUGUCCAUCGUCAAGUUGCUUCGUAGCCUAGCCAAUGCUGGCCAGGCGAUUCUUUGCACGAUACAUCAGCCGUCAUCAUUGCUAUUUGAGGAAUUUGACCGGCUUCUCUUACUUGUGAAAGGCGGGAAGACCGCUUACUUUGGCGAGGUUGGCGAGAGUUCAAGCACCGUGCUCAGCUACUUUGAGCGAAACGGCGGAUAUCCAUGUCCCGAGAGUGCGAAUCCUGCAGAGUACAUUUUGGAUGUGGUUGGCGCAGGCGCCGCCGCGCAUUCAUCGCAGGACUGGGCAAAGACGUGGAAGGCCAGCCCUGAAACGCUACGUAACAUGAACGAAAUCCAAUCACUUGUCAACACGAAGGGCAAAAGCGCGACCGUGUCUGAUGAUGACGAAUCCGAUUCAUCACAAGCAUAUUAUGCCUUGCCAUGGAUCGAGCAAUAUCUCGCUGUGCAACAACGUCUGUUUUCGCAAUACUGGAGAAGCCCCGUCUACGUUGUCAGCAAGAUGGCAAUCAACACAAUCGGGGGUCUCUUCUUGGGAUUCACCUUCUUCAAACAAGACCCCUCUAUUGCGGGCCUGAAGAAUUCCAUCUUCUCAGUUUUCAUGCUUCUCCUUCUCUCGUUGGUGAUUCUCGUUCAGCUUCAACCGCGACUUAUUCAAUACCGGAACCUCUACGAGGUCCGAGAGAAGCAUUCGAGGAUGUACAGCUGGACUGCCUUCAUCACCGCCAGCAUCGUGACCGAAAUACCGUACAAUCUGGUCAUUGCCUCUGUGUGCUUUGCCUGCUGGUAUCUCCCUGUCGGCUGGUGGAGAACUAUCCCAGAUGGUAGAGGUGCAUUCAUGUGGCUGAUAUUCAUGGUCUUCCAACUCUACCAUACGAGCUUCUCACAGGCGGUCGCAAUCGCCGCCCCCGAUGCCGAAACGGCCUCAAUGGUCACCAUCUUGUUUUACACGUUCAUCUUCGCCUUCACGGGUGUUGUGCAACCGUUGUCUGACCUCGUCGGGUUCUGGCAUUUUGCCUACUAUGUCUCUCCAUUCACGUAUACGGUCGCGUCGAUGAUGAGCAGUAUGAGUCACGGCAUUCCCGUCAAAUGCUUAGAGACGGAAAUCAACUUCUUCAACCCGCCCAGUGGCAUGACUUGUGGGGAAUUUGCCGGGUCGUUUAUAAACGCUUCUAUGGCGUCGUUAUCUAACCCGAAAGCCACCGAGAACUGCGAAUUCUGUCAAUAUGCCGUAUCCGACGUGUUCCUGGAAGGGUUCAAUAUUCGGUAUUCUGAGCGGUGGCAUCACUUUGGGUACUUGUGGGCUUUCAUCGCGUUUAACAUUUGUCUGUUCUUCGGGAUUUAUUAUCUUGUUUUCCAGGGUGGAGGCACGAAGAUCGGCCGGGCGCUUUCUGGUCUUGUGUCCCGGAAACCGAAAGCCAAGUCCGUGGAUUAA